CGUUGUAUCACCUGACACUUUCCGCAGAAUCACUACGAGUCAUGAAAUGGAUGAUCGACGCAUCAUUUGCGGUGCAUCCAGAUUUCAAGAGCCAUACAGGCGGCACUCUGUCCUUUGGAGGAGGUGCAGCUCAAGUGAUGUCGAAGAAGCAAAAGCUAAACAGCAGAAGUAGUACGGAAGCGGAACUGAUUGCUGUUGACGAUGUUGUCACGAUGGUACUAUGGACGAAGUUGUUCAUGGAGUGGCAAGGAUGCCUCACAUGGUUCAAACUUGUUGUUGACUCACCACUUCACAGUACUUCCCUUGUCGUUACCAUUGAGUCUUCUGCGCUCUCCGCUCCCAUUCAUGAGUUGUUCCCACAUGGUAUUCCGGCGUUCCCAGUCCUUCGUUGUUGUACGGACAACACUGCGACGGUGUCUUGGAUCAAUGACACACGGACCACCAGUCCGUUGGCUCAAGCCUUGGUCGCGCUCUACGGUCAGCUCUUGAAGAGAUCUACUUUGGUUUGCCACACGGUGCACAUCCCUGGCGAUGACAAUGUCCUCGCUGAUUGGAUUUCUCGCCCUGACUCUCUCUCACAUGAACGCCUUUUUAUGCAGACAUCACAGAAGUAUCCUUGGAUGAACGCCUUGCGCAAUUUCCAGCCCAGUGCCAAACUCAUCUCCGUGGCCUUUGUCUUCCGCUUUCCCGGAAAGCGAUCGCACCCGUAG